UCUCUCUAGAGGUGGGGUCAGCGCUGGAUUCUGGCAUGUCCUCCUCCAAUCAAGGGCGGUGUGGGGCGUGUCCUCGGCCGUCUCCAUAUAAAAUGGUGCGAAUGUGGGGAGUUUGUUCUCUAACACAGUCGUCGGCCGCCUGCGACAAGCCUUUCUUCUCCCUCUUCCCUCCUGCCAUGUCGGUCUCCUUGCAACGAGUGUGCUUCGUGUGGCUGUGCGCGCUCUCGGCAGUGGCGUGCGUGCCCUCGGGGGAGCUGGCCCUCCUCGAGUCCGAAGAGGAGGAGGGCCCCCUUCUCCCCGAACAGAUUGAGAGCAACUGCAGCCGCUGCGGUGACAAGCGCGAGCGGCGGGCCAUGCGCCUCGACAUGAUCAAGUUCCAGAUCCUUAACCAGCUGGGUCUGAAGGAGGCACCCAACGUCACCCUCAAGAACCUCCCCCACAUCCCCCCGCUGGACACGCUUCUCGACCACUAUGCUAUGCAGGCGGACGCACCGCAUUUCGUCCCCGGCCCAGAGUACGGAGAUGAUGACGAUUUCUACCUGGCCGCGGAAAAAGUGCUCACCUUCCUGCAGCCCACUCCUGAUCCCCUGGAACUGGCCCUUGGCGACCAGCAACUCUACUUCCAGCUGCCGUCGAGUCUCCAGCAGUCCCAAAUCCAGUCUUCGCAUCUCUGGAUCCACCUGAAGCCGACACGGCACACUCUGCACCUCAACAUGACACUCUACCAAGUGGACCGGCAGCCGUCGGGCCAAAUAGAUUUCGUUCAAGUCAAAAGAAAAACUCUCGAGAAAAAGAAUAAACACGGUCACUGGGUGGUUUUUGACGUGAAGAAGACACUCAAUCAUUGGCUGAAGCAUCCUUCCGAAAACCAUGGGUUCGUCCUUCACGCGAUAGGAGCAGACAUCUCCGAUCUUCUUGCAAUAUCCGAAGAAAACGGCGAAAGCAAAAAGCCUUUUAUUGAAACCAAGGUAGAGAAACAAAAGCACAGGAGAACCAAGCGGAUGAUCGGUCUGAACUGCGAGGAGAAUGCCGACGAAGUCCGAUGCUGCAGAUAUCCUCUGACGGUGGACUUCGAAGAAUUUGGCUGGGACUGGAUUAUCGCCCCCAAACGCUAUGAAGCCAACUACUGCAGCGGGGAGUGCCCAUAUGUUUUUCUGCAGAAAUACCCACAUACCCAUCUCGUCCAGCAGGCCAACCCACAGGGCUCUGCGGGGCCCUGCUGUGCGCCUCGUAAGAUGUCCUCCAUAUCCAUGCUGUACUUCGAUUCAGAGUUCAACAUCAUUUACGGCAUGCUGCCGGGCAUGGUGGUGGACCGCUGCGGGUGCUCGUAGUGAAUAGGGACCCUAGGUGACUGUUUUUUUGCUAAAAUGUCUUUCGAAAGACUUGGAUGACGCUGUGAUCUCUUGUCGCACACGAAACACCGGAGGAAGACUUUUGUUGGCGUCCGUCUUGGUUCUACGCGCAACUUCGUAGUGCUGCUGCUCUAUGUUGUAGCUGCUACGGUAGAGCAAAAGAUUGCCCUGAAGAUUGUGCACUACGGAAUACCACCACAGUACUUGUUUGUAUGUUGUUGUAGAACUGGUGAUUUCUUUUUUCCCACUCGGUUACGUGUGCGAAUUAUUUAUUUUUGUGUUAUUUUAUUUGACAUUUUUCUUUCUUCUGAUGGAUCUUCUUGAAAGUUAUAAGAACGAAGAAGUACGACGCCACAGAACAAAUAUUGAACACAUCUGACUUUUUUCCCUUAAAAAAUCAAAUUGUUUUUCGAGCAGUUAAAAGAAAUUUUAGUAUGCAAACGGAGAAGACAUAAAUAUCCAAAAAAAAGUUUUCGAAUCAUGAUCCUAAUUCAGUUUUCUGAUUGGAAAAAUUUGCAUUUUUAACAUGGCCCUUUAAUAAAUUCUUGACUUUAAAAUCAUUUAGAUAACUAAUGUAAACGGCGAUUCAUAAAAAUGAAUGAGUGAAUGAAUGUAUAGUAUUUAUAUUAAACAAAUCGCGCAACUCUUACUGCAACCGGGAGUUUUUUUAAAGUAGUGAUCUCAAAGUGAUAAACUUGCCUUGAUCUAACUUCACUGCCAUGCUUCUACAAGGCGCUUGCGUCUGCAACAAACACUCCACCCAUUGCCAAUAUCUCCGCAGUGAUGCUCAACCCUUGAUUUGGGAGUGGAGUGCUGAGGUGCCGGUUUGAAUCAGUUGAACGAUUCCUUGCAACAUUCCAUUCUGUUCUGAAUUUCUUUCACUUUAACAAAUGAUCCAGUCUCCUCCGACUGGAGAAAGAGCUUUCUAUCUGUGGCGAACAAACAGAACCCAAAUCAUAAAAGGCAGAUGCUUUUCAAAGUAGUCCUUUUUCAGUUUCUCAGAGCAGGGUAUUUAUACAGUUCUGUUCAGACGACAGCCUUUCCGAAUUAAUGCAUGUGAUGUUAGCCUGUGAACUCGUUUUGUAGAUUAACUAUAAUGCAAGCUUGUGUUCGUGUACAGUCUGUGUUACUGUACAUUUUGGGUCUAGAUUGAGAGAGAAAAAAUAUGGUGCGAGUGAUGUACAUCAUUUGUGUCCGAUGCGUACGCCCAAACGUAUUCAAUCCAAUCUCGCAGCAGAAGCGGAUCUAUUAAGCUUGUGAAAUUUUUUUUUUGUUUUGUUUCUUUUGUCAUCAGCAGGGCUUCUUAAACUUUAUGUAAACCGAAACAGGCUUUCAAAUUCUUGUAAAAAAAAAUUGCUGAUUACAUUCACUUUGUAAGAUGACAUUAUUAAUAUAUUUUUGAAUUAAUAGUUAAACUUUCACUGAAUUGCGAUUCAUAUUUUCAUCAUCAACAAGAUCCUCCAAAUGAUUUUUAAUAAACGAUUAAUGCAAUAAUUUUAUCACAUUUGUAUGUAAAAUUUAUUUUUAUAAAAAUCAAAAGAAAUUUUAAGAGAACUAUUAAAAGCUUUUAUUUCUUAACUUUAAUUAAAAUAAUCUUGAACUAAUCUAAACUAUUUUUCCUGAAAUUCUUUGCAAUUUGCAAGAAAACGUUUUUUAUAGUAUUAAAUUAAAACGUACUUAUUAAUUUUUUUAAUUGUAUAGCAUAUAUAUUAUUUGCUAUUGUAUAAUUAUUUCUUUAAUUUUGUUUACUUACUAAUUACCUUUUUAACUUUGUACACAAAAUUACUUUCUUCACCUAAGAUUUGUAAGUGUAACAAAUUUAAGAAGCCCUGGUGCUCAAAUCGCUUCUGAUAGUUUGUUAGAGCGAAAAUGUUAAGAUAUAAAUUUCUUUAUAGCAACAUCAACAAUAGCUUGCAAAAAAUAUCCAGUUAAAAAUUUUUAGCACAAAUUUGUUUAUUUUUUACUUGAUUGAGUCUUUUUUUACUUAAACCCAAUUUCAGUUUUAUGUGUGUAAAAGAAAAGCGCAUAUGCUCUUUGUUGGCUGUUUAAACUUUAGGAAUUUUUAACAGCCUUAUAUGAUGUGUUCAUUUCUGCAAAAUUUCUUUUUAAUUUAUAUUAAAUUGUAUUAAUUUUAUAAAUAUCUGACAAUGAGAUAAUAUUGAAAGGAACCUGGUGUACGCACAAGUUUUCAUUGGCAUUGUAAAAUUUCAUAGGAGCUUGUUAUGUUGAUGGCUUAUUCAGGUGAUAAUAAAUUUUUAGUUUUA